GGAAGACUUGAGUCGCUUCUGUGCCUUAGUGAAAGGUCUGCAUCCUCACCAGGGAGUAGCCAAGACUGAGGAGGUUCCCAUAGAGGUGACAUGGAGCCGGAAAUCAACUGCUCUGAAUUUUGCGACAGUUUUCCUGGCCAGGAGCUGGAUCGCAGACCCCUUCAUGAUCUUUGCAAGGCAACCAUUGCUGAUUCCCAGCACAGUGGUACGUUCGGCUCUCCACUGUCCCCUGCCCUCGUGGGUGUGGUCUGGACUUUUCUCAGCUGUGGACUUCUUCUGGUGCUUUUCUUCUUGGCUUUCACAAUUCGCUGCAGGAAGAACAGGAUUGUGAAGAUGUCCAGCCCCAAUCUGAACAUUGUGACCUUGCUGGGCAGUUGUCUGACUUACAGUAGCGCUUACCUUUUUGGGAUUCAAGAUGCUUUUGUGGGGAGUUCCAUGGAAGUUCUCAUUCAGAUGAGACUGUCCCUGCUGUGCGUUGGCACAUCCCUUGUGUUUGGCCCUAUUCUGGGGAAGAGCUGGCGAAUCUACAGAGUGUUCACCCAGAGAGUCCCGGACAAGAGAGUGAUUAUCAAAGACCUGCAGUUGCUGGGGUUGGUGGCAGCCUUGGUGGUGGCUGAUGUAAUCCUGCUUGUGACGUGGGUGCUCACUGAUCCCAUCCAGUGCCUCCAGAUCCUUGGUAUCAGCAUGAAGGUGACCGGGAGAGAUGUGUCCUGCUCUUUGACCAACACGCACUUCUGCGCUUCCCGGUACUCAGACCUCUGGAUUGCCCUGGCUCUGGGAUGCAAGGGGCUGCUGCUGCUGUAUGGUGCUUACCUGGCUGGUCUCACCAACCACGUCAGCUCUCCUCCAGUGAACCAGUCCUUAACCAUCAUGGUCGGAGUCAACCUCCUGCUCCUCACUGCUGGGCUGCUUUUCGUGGUGACCAGGUAUUUGCACUUCUGGCCCAAUCUGGUCUUCGGAUUCACGUCUGGAGGGAUCUUCGUCUGUACAACCACCGUGAACUGCUGCGUCUUCCUUCCCCAGCUGAAGCAAUGGAAAGCAUUCGAAGGAGAAAACCAAACAAUCCGACGCAUGGCCAAGUAUUUCAGCACUCCCAGCAAAAGCCUCCACAGCCCAUUUGAUGAGGAUCAAAACUGCCACUUGAGGGACGAGAAGAGCUGCAUGGAGAGGCUCCUCACAGAAAAAAACGCGGUAAUUGAAAGCCUGCAAGAACAAGUCAGCAACGCCAAAGAGAAGCUGGUGAAGCUCAUGUCUGCAGAGUGCACCUGUGACUCCCCGGAGUGGCCUGUCCCAGCUGCAGCCUCCGCCCACGGGCUGGCACUACAAGGAGCUUCGGAACACCCUGUUGCCUCUGAGAAUGAUAUUAAAAUAGCUGCCGAGAACUUUCUCCAUGCCUCAGUGGCGGCCACCCAGCGCAUGCAAAGCCCCGGGGCAUCUAGGAGGGACACCAGCGCCCCCUCUCCAGACCAAAAAGACAACAUACCAUCGAAAGAGUUUUGUGACCAUUUGGAUAUAGGUUGCAGCCAGAAGCCACAGGCUGAACCAAGUGAGGAUCCUGAAAGAAGACAUCAGGGACCCAUGGCCCCCAGCCAGAGUUUCAUGGCAGAUAGAGUAGCCCAAGACCCUCAUAUGCCUGGGCAGACCUCAGAGGAACUUUCAGAGAGGCUACCUCGGGUCAGUUCAGUAGUCAGAGAGAAGCUUCAGGAAGUCUUACAAGAGCUGGAUCUGGGUCCUGAGGCUCCCCUUUCCCCAGAACCUUGUUCCCAGCAGCUGUGGAAGAGUACCACCUCCCACAGCCCCCAGAAGCUAUUCCCGUCUAAACUGGGUUUCAGCCCGUAUGUAGUAAGGAGGAGACGGGCAGCCCAGCGGGCUCGCUCCCACAUCCCUGGCACUAUGUCCCUCAAUAAGGGGCGUCAAGCAAAUAGUACUGUUUCCGGUGCACAGAGUGGGCUGAUUGUGCGAAACAGAGACAGCCCCAGGCUAGACCGCCACAAUGCAAGACCCAAGGCACCAAAGUCCUCUCCUGUGAAACUGUCACUACUCUCAGAUCCUCCCCAGACACGGGGUACCUUGGAAGGAGGUAAACAAUGCCAGACGGAGGCUCAGGGGGCCAAAGGAUGUGACGUAACUUUUCCUUGCAAACCUUCCACUUCUGCCCAGGCUCAAAAUCCCACCGCCCCAUGCCUGCCCUCUUCACCAGCUCUGCCCAAGCAGCGUCAGCCUCGACCGCUAGCGGCCACUGGCUGUCCUUCCUUGUCUUCUGGGUGCUACGACCUGGACAGCGAGUCCAGCAGCUCAGACGAGUUCUUCUGCCGCUGCCACCGGCCCUACUGUGACAUCUGCUUCCAGAGCUCUUUGGAUUCCAAUGACAGUGACACAUCAGACAGUGACCUUGAGCCGGCUUCGGGGCUGGCCUCCUGGGAGAAGCUGUGGGCUCGUUCCAAGCCUGUUGUGAACUUCAAAGAUGACUUGAAGCCCACACUAGUGUGAAAAGCGGCGAGGUGGGGCUGGUCACAGAGGUCAGUCUGGGUCCCACAGAACCCGGGGUGGUGGGAGGAGAACUAGAUCUCAGCUUUGGGGGACCUGAUUGGCGCCAUGCCUUAACCAGCCUCGACUGUGUUCUUUCCUCCUCUGAAAACGCCUUGAUC